UAGUGCAAGAUAUUCCGUUCUAGGAGAGAGUGAAAGGGGGAACGCGCUACUCACCGUUCCACACCGUCAUAGCACCGAAUGGACUUGAUACGGGCUAUCACGGAUUCAAUUAGAUGCGUUCCAAAGACUGUGAAUAUUUUGUAUUUCUGAUAUUUGUUCUAUUUAAAAAAAAUUUGGAACACGAAAGGAGGCGCAAUUUCAAUGGAGAAUCUCAGUGAAGUUGACACAUGCUGGGACAAGCAAGCCGUGUGUGUUACGGUAUCAGUGGGUUCUUUCAGCUAAACAGGUAGCAAGCCAAGCUGACUAUUUUACCGUAGGCUACCACCGGCACACAAACAAAAAACAGAGCUACCGGUGAUGCAGAAUGACUUCAUGGUCCGAGGAACCCGCCGCUCGCCACUGGUUUUGUAUGUGAGAAGAGGAGAAUCAGCCGCAGUCGACAUUAUAUGACCGACUGAACGGGAGCGUCAACGCUUUUCAUGUAAAAGUUCAAUGGCAAAAAACGAACUGUGAAAACGUUUAGAAAUAUAAUUCAUUUUGUGUCUCUCCUCGCCAGCGCUGUCUUUUCCUCUUCCCUCACAGUCUGUUAUAUCAGGAGAACCAAAAAAGGCAUUGCGCUUCACAGACUUGGACUUGAAGAAAUCUAACGGCUGCGAUCAAUACCGAUAUCUUACCAACCGGAGUAAAAAACAGGAUAUUGCAACUCCGAAUAGGAUUUGUAUCGAAUAAGAGAGGAGGUUACUAUGCACAGCCGCAAUUUUGGGCAUCAGAAGAAAACGCAUUCCAAUUAUCUCACGCACUAAAGAGGAUUUUAUUUUGGAUAACGGGUUGUCCGUGUGUGGAAACUGCCCUUCUUCAAAUGCAAGAUUUCACCAAUCCCUUACUCUGACAUUCAACAUUGCAUUGAAAGAAGAAGAAGCGUUUAAAGUCCGCAAGGCAGGGUGGAACACUGUAACCACGGGACCGUUGUUACCAUGGAUCUAACAGAUUUUUACUUGUUGGCUGCUCUUGUUGCCUGUUUUUGGAUGGACCCUUCUAUAGCCCAAGAACUGAUCUAUCCUAUUAGAGAGGAACUGCAGGAAAACGUUCUCAUUGGAAACAUACCAAAGGACCUGAACGUCUCCCAUACGAACGCCGCUACCGGAGCUAGCGCUAAUCUAGUCUACAGGCUGGUGUCUAAAGCCGGCGACAACCCUCUGCUCAGAGUCCAGAGCAGCACGGGAGAGAUAUUUACAACCUCCAAUCGUAUCGACAGGGAGAGGCUCUGUCCCGGCCCCUCGUUCGAGGAGAACGAAUGCUCCUUCGAAAUCGAGGUGGUGAUUUUACCCAACGACUACUUUAGAUUGAUAAAGAUUAAGAUCGUAGUCAAGGACACCAACGAUAACGCUCCCAUGUUCCCGUCUCCCGUCAUCAACAUCUCCAUCCCGGAGAAUACGCUGAUCAACAGUCGUUUCGCCAUCCCUUCCGCCACCGACCCCGACACAGGCCCCAACAGUGUACACAAGUACCAGCUGGUGAACGGGCAAAGCGCCUUCGGGUUGGACAUCGUGGAGACGCCCGAGGGGGAGAAGUGGCCGCAGCUCAUCGUUCAGCAGAACCUGGACAGGGAACAGAAGGAUACGUACGUCAUGAAAAUCAAGGUGGAGGACGGAGGCACGCCACAGAAAUCCAGCACCGCCAUCCUCCAAGUCACCGUCACAGACGUUAAUGAUAACAAGCCGGUGUUCAAGGAGAACCAGAUAGAGGUCCACAUACCGGAGAACUCGCCUAUAGGGACGUCCGUAGUCCAGCUACAGGCUACGGACGCAGACGUCGGGGCGAAUGCCGAAAUCAAAUACAUGUUCGGGACACAGGUGUCCCCAGCUACCAAGAGACUAUUUGCUUUAAAUGGCACCACUGGCCUUAUAACCGUACAGCGGCCCCUCGAUAGAGAGGAGACCGCCAUACACAAGUUAUCUGUGUUAGCGAGCGACGGCAGCUCCAGCCCGGCCAGAGCUACCAUAACUAUAAACGUGACGGACGUGAACGACAAUCCACCAAACAUUGAUCUGCGAUAUAUCAUCAGUCCAAUAAACGGCACUGUGUUCCUCUCAGAGAAAGACCCAAUCAACACCAAGAUAGCUUUGAUCACCGUGUCGGACAAGGACACGGAUGUCAAUGGCAAAGUCAUCUGUUUCAUCGAGAAGGACGUCCCCUUUCACCUCAAAGCGGUGUACGACAACCAGUAUUUACUAGAGACAUCGGCGCUGCUCGACUUCGAGGGGACCAAAGAGUACAACUUCAAAAUCAUAGCCUCCGACUCCGGCAAGCCGAGCUUGAACCAGACAGCGUUGGUAAGGGUGAGGCUGGAGGAUGAAAAUGACAACUCGCCGAUCUUCACCCAACCUGUCAUCGAGCUGGCUGUCAUGGAGAACAACAAACGCGAUCUCUUCCUCACGACUCUCAGCGCCACCGACGAGGACAGCGGGAAAAACGCGGAGAUCGUCUACCAGCUGGGCCCUAACGCCUCGUUCUUCGACCUGGACCGUAAAACCGGUGUCCUCACGGCCUCCCGGGUGUUCGAUCGUGAGGACCAGGAUCGGUUCCUCUUCACGGUAACGGCCCGAGACAACGGGACGCCUCCACUCCAGAGCCAGGCGGCAGUCAUCGUGACAGUACUCGAUGAAAACGACAACAGCCCCAAGUUCACCCACAACCACUUCCAGUUCUUUGUGUCAGAGAACCUGCCCAAGUACAGCACGGUGGGGGUGAUAACCGUCACAGACUCAGACGCCGGGGAAAAUGCCGCCGUCACGCUUUCGAUACUCAGCGACAACGAGAACUUUAUCCUAGACCCGUACUCUGGAGUAAUAAAGUCCAACGUAUCCUUUGACCGGGAGCAGCAGAGCUCUUACACCUUCGACGUCCGGGCGGUGGAUAGCGGGCGGCCGCCAUGUUCCUCGGCCGCCAAGGUGACCAUCAAUGUCAUCGACGUAAACGACAACACCCCCAUCGUCAUCUACCCUCCUUCCAACACCUCCUUCAAACUGGUCCCCCUCUCGUCCAUCCCUGGGUCGGUGGUGGCCGAGGUCUUUGCUGUGGACGGUGACACAGGGAUGAACGCAGAGCUCAAGUACACCAUCGUUAGUGGCAACAACAAAGGUCUGUUCCGGAUCGACCCUGUGACAGGAAAUAUCACCCUGGAGGAGAAGCCUGCUAUCUCCGACAUCGGCCUCCAUCGGCUGGUCGUGAACAUUAGCGACCUGGGCUACCCUAAGUCCCUGCACACCCUGGUGCUGGUGUUCCUCUACGUGAACGACACGGUCGGCAACGCCACGUUUAUCUACGACCUCAUUCGCCGCACCAUGGAGACGCCCCUGGAUAGGAACAUCGGGGAGAGCAGUGAGACCUACCAGAGCGGAGACUAUCUAACCAUCAUGAUCGCCAUCGUAGCCGGGGCGAUGGUGGUGAUUGUGGUGAUCUUCGUGACAGUCCUGGUGCGCUGCCGUCACACCUCGCGGUUCAAGGCGGCCCAGAGAAAGAAGCAGGGCGCCGAGUGGAUGUCUCCCAACCAGGAGAACAAGCAGAACAAGAAGAAGAAGCGUAAGAAAAGGAAGUCGCCUAAAAGCUCCCUCCUGAACUUUGUCACCAUCGAGGAGAACAAGCCGGAUGACCCGGCUCAUGAGCCCAUCAACGGCAACAUCAGCCUGCCUGCCGAGCUGGAGGAGCAAGGCAUCGGUCGCUUUGACUGGAACGCUGCUCCUACCACCACCUUCAAGCCCUCCAGUCCAGACCUAGCGCGGCACUACAAGUCCGCUUCUCCGCAGUCCGCGUUCCACCUCAAAGCGGACACGCCGGUCUCCGUGAAGAAACACCACAUGAUUCAGGAGCUCCCUCUGGACAACACCUUCGUAGGAGGCUGUGAUACUCUCUCCAAGAGAUCCUCCACUAGUUCAGACCACUUCAGUGCCUCGGAGUGCAGUUCCCAGGGAGGAUUCAAGACUAAGGGAUCCGUACUCCCGUCCAGACAGGGAACGCUAACAGGCACGUUGACCCGCGCCCGAACCGAACUGAACCCUGAAUACCUGGACCUCCGCUCCAGGGCCGAGCUCAACCCAGAAUACUGGACCCCAUGCACGCCUCUAUCGCAGCGCCGUGUCACGUUUCACCUGCCAGACGGUUCUCAGGAGAGCUGCAGUGACAGUGGGCUGGGGGACCACGAGCCCACGCUCCUCUCAUGCCCUCUCCCUCUGGUGCAGGGCCAGGCGCAGGAAGACUUCUACCAACAGGCCUCCCCGGACAAGAGGACCGAAGCCGACGGGAACUCUGACCCCAACUCUGAUGGCCCCCUGGGACCCAGAGGCCUAGUGGAAGCUACAGAGAUGUGUACCCAGGAGUGUUUGGUGCUUGGCCACUCUGACAACUGCUGGAUGCCCCCUACCCUCGGCUCCUACAGCCAGCCCAAGUCUCCAGUUUCCAACUUCGCCACCCAGAAAGAGUGGGCCAAAGAGAAACUGCUCAACGGCCAUACUACCUUGACCCGGACCUGGAAGACCGAUAGUGGGCGGGACCAGUUUUGUGACAAGAAGCAAUUUGGCAGCGGGGAGGGACACUUCAGUAGCAGUGGCCACAUGGCUGACAUCCCAUUGGCUAGUUUGAAAUCCUACCAGCCAACCACUGGUCCAGACUCUCCGAAGGAACACCAGCUAUAAAAGGAGCUCUGAUUGGAGGCAGCCAAUCUAAACAGGGCUGCGAUUGGAUAAUCUGAACAGGACAGAUGACGCAAGUUUCAAGAGUUUUUUUUUCUUCUUUUUUCCUUCUUGUUAGUACUAUUUGAUUUAAGUCGAUGCUUGUGCUAUGUGAUAGUUACAUGUACUACGUAGGCCACUAGACUAGUACUGAUGCAGUGUACUCUACAAUUCAACUUCUGGCGAUGGAUGGAUAGAUGGAUGGAUGGAUGGAUGGAUGGAUGGACGGAUGACGCAAGAGAAAGUCUCUUGGGAUUCCCUUUUGAUGGACAAACCCCCGCCCCAUAAAUGAAACAUUUCCUCAUCACUCUGAUGGCAGGAAUAAAGGGGGUUGAAUCCACCUGGAAAAAUGGAAGAAUACCUAAACAGGAAUUCAUAUACUCAACAGUAAAAAAAAAAAAAAUAUCAACAUUAUUAUGGCUGACCAAUAUAUUCCAAUAUUGUGACGUGGUUGUUAUUGAGUUGUUUGAGACUAUAUUAAUCUACACAAUCAAAGAAAAACAGAGUUACAGGUUACGUCCAAAAUGGUACCCUAUUACCUAUUUAGUGCACUACUUUUAACCAGGGUCCUAGGACUAGGGGGAAUAGGGUGCGAUUUGGGACGUUUAAAAAAAGCCCCCUACAAUUCCAGUAUAGGAAGGCGUGCGUUGUUCUGAUGGAUAACACUGUUAAGUGGACACUUGUCUAGUCUGUCAAUAGUCUAUGUGUUUUGUAAAUAGGACAUGUGAUACUAACCCGGUCGAUGUAAUACUGCCAUGGAUCUAGAACGCUGAUCGUGGCUGCACAUUAUGACAUCACAAUAUGGUUUCCAAUGGCAUCCUAUCACCUAUACAGUGCUACUUCUGACCAGGAAGUGUACUAUAUAGAGAGAAGUGUGCCAUUUAGGAUGUGCCCUAUACAUUUUGGCUUUCAAUCUUUUUGUUAAAAGAAAUUGUGGGGGGGGGGGCAUAUUGAUAAUGUAAAAGAAAAAUUCACAUACUCAUAUAAGGCCUGUUGUGUUGGGGAUAUUAUGGAAAACACAUAUUCAACCGUUACAAAAUGAUGCACAAUGUUGACCCAAAGUCUGAUUUCCUUUCAUUCAACUACUACGGCAAACGUAUUUUUUCAAAAUAAAUUUUGUAUCAUUGACGUAUAACGCUUGAUUUUUACAUUAUGGGAAACAAAAAGCUUGCAAUCUUUUCCGCAUAAAAUAAAUCUUUAAAAAAAAUUAUAAAAAAAAUAUCUUAAAAACUAAUGUUACUAUUCAACAGCAAUAUAUUUGUAAAUGGCUAAGUGUUUUAUCUAACUUUGACUCAUUAUUGUACAACAUUUUGAUUGAAAUUGUGAUUAGUUGAGUACAAUUGAAUAGUAGUACUACAACCUAAAUGAAUUUUCGUUGUCCAUAUACGACCACUUUGUGUACUGUGCCUUCAUAACAUUAUACCAAGCAUUGUACUUAUUUAUUAUUUAAAUGAUUAGAAAAUAUGCAUUGAUGUCUGGAGGGGGGGGGGGGGGACAGUGUACGUUGUUUGCAGUAACGUUUUUGUUGUUGUAAUAUCACAAACGGAUGUGGCAGUUUCACCAUUAAAGGAUUCCAGCUGUAAAUUCCUUAUGAAUGAAUGUUUGGCAGCGUAUGAAAAAUAUAAGAUAUAAUCUAAACCAAUGAAAAAAAAAAAAAACAUAUAAAAGACAACAAAAAUGUAAUUGUUAAACACAAUAGUAUCUGUAUUACACAAGAGAGGCAUGUGCAUAAGAUAAUUCAACAACAACGUCAUUGUUUUCAUUGGUUUUUCCCUUCUCCGGUCAGGAGGUCAAGGUUUCCUCUGUUCAACGGCAUGGCAGGAGAUUGACACAAAACGGAAUAGCAUGCUGAAACAAAUACAUUUAUAGCUUUAAACAAAAACAAAAAAGAAAACUUUGAAUUAUUUUGUAUCAUAUUUUUCAUUCUGUUUUAAAGAGAGAGGGAGAAAUAUAGUGAAUUUGUAUAUUUAGGGGUGAAGACGUUUAAUUUUGUAUAGCACUACCAUGUUUUCUGUCACAAUAUAACAACGUGUAUCGGGGUUGGGUGGAGUGACUUGCUUAGCGCAGUAUGUUUGUCAGUGAGUUGUGUGGGGUGGGGUGUUUGGCAUCAUAGAUAUUGAACCAGUUAAUCAUUGUUACUCUUACAGGUAUACAGCUACUGCAAUAAAUGUUUUCAAUAUGUGCA